AUGUACAGUCGUCUGUCUAGGGUUUCAAGACCUUUGAAAACUACUCUUGCGAUAUUGACCGUCGCAUCAGGGUCCUUACUAACUUACAAUCAUUUUUAUUUGAAUCAAUCUUCAUUGCUAUAUUCUGAUACAAAGCCAUUGAAGACAAGUUUGAAUUCUGAAGAAGAUUUGCAAAAGAUUGCCAAUGGUUCUUAUAAGCCACCUUCCAGAAGCGAAUUGCUUUCUAAUUUAGAAAAGACCAAGAAAUUUGAUGUUUUAAUUAUUGGUGGUGGUGCCACUGGUACUGGUUGUGCUGUUGAUGCUUCUACAAGAGGUUUGAAUGUAGCUUUGAUGGAAAUGAAUGAUUUUGCAUCCGCAACUUCUUCAAAGUCGACAAAAAUGGCUCAUGGUGGGGUUAGAUAUUUGGAAAAGGCUGUUUUCCAAUUAUCAAAGGCUCAAUUAGAUUUGGUUAUCGAAGCUUUGAAUGAAAGAAAACAUAUGUUACAAACUGCUCCUCAUUUAUGUAAAAUAUUGCCAAUUAUGAUUCCUGUCUAUAAUUAUUGGGAAGUCCCAUAUUUCUACGCAGGUUGUAAGAUGUAUGAUUUCUUUGCUGGUUCUCAAAACUUAAAAUCUGCUUAUUUGUUAUCGAAGACUUCUGCUGGCCAAAUUGCACCAAUGUUAGAUGUACCAAAAUUGAAAGCUGCUUUAGUUUACCACGAUGGUUCCUUCAAUGAUGCAAGAAUGAAUGUUAGUUUAGCUGUCACCGCAAUUGAAAAUGGUGCUACUGUUUUGAAUUACAUGGAAGUGGAAAAAUUGAUUAAAGAUCCAAAGACUGGGAAAAUUCAAGGUGCAACAGUAAGAGAUCGUGAAACUGACAAGAAAUAUGAUGUUAUGGCAAAGGUAGUAGUCAAUUCUACAGGUCCCUUCAGUGACAAUAUCUUGCAAAUGGAUCGUAAUAAAUCUGGUUACCCUGACAUAUUUGAUAAAGCUAAUAUAGAUACUUCUAAAUUACCUUCAAUUGAUCAUGAUAAUUUAUCAAGAAUAGCUGUUGACAAUCCUAAGAUGGUUGUUCCAUCUGCUGGUGUUCAUAUCAUCUUACCUUCUUAUUACUGUCCAAAGGACAUGGGUAUCUUAGACGUUAAGACGGCUGAUGGUAGAGUUAUGUUUUUCUUACCAUGGCAAGAUAAAGUUCUAGCUGGUACUACUGAUAUUCCAAUGAAAAAAGUUCCUGAAAAUCCUGUAGCUACUGAAGCUGAUAUUGAAGAUAUUUUAUCUGAAUUGCAACAUUAUUGUAAAUUCCCUGUAAAAAGAGAAGAUGUUUUAAGUGCUUGGGCUGGUAUCAGACCUUUGGUGAGAGAUCCAAGAAAGUUAUCACCAAAUUCUAAGGGUGAUGAUUCUACUCAAGGUUUGGUUAGAUCCCAUUUCAUUUUUACCUCAGAGAAUAAUCUAGUUACUAUUGCUGGUGGUAAAUGGACUACUUACAGAAGAAUGGCCGAAGAAACCAUUGAUGAAGCUAUCAAAGUUGGACAGUUACCAAACAAACCUUCAGUCACAAAAGACUUGAUUUUAUCGGGUGGUGAAAAUUGGACUCCAAAUACUGCCGCUUUAUUAUCGCAAAAGUAUCAUAUUCCAUCCAGCUUAUCGAAAUAUUUAUCUGAAAAUUAUGGUACAAGAGCUCCAAUUAUUUGCGAAUUGUUAAAGAAAGACAAAAAGAAUGAAUUACCUGUUACCUUAGCUGGUAAAGAACAUAAUGAAAUUUUAGGAAAUGUUGACUUCCAAGCAUUAAGAUAUCCUUACACUGUAGCAGAAGUAAAAUACUGUAUAGAUAAUGAAUAUUCAAGAACUGCUUUAGAUUUCUUAUUGAGAAGAACAAGAUUUGGUUUCCUAGAUGCUAAGGAAGCAAUGAAUGCUGUUGAAGGUACUGUUUCUAUCAUGGGUGAUGAAUUAAAUUGGGAUUCUGAAAAGAGAUCUCUUGAAAUCAAAAAAUCCAAGGAAUAUAUUAAAACUUUAGGUGUUUAA